GAUACAAUCGUUGACCGAAUGGCCAGAAAUGCCACAAAACGCCGACACUCUGGCGACCAGUCUAUAGAUACCGAUCGUAAUCAUGAGUUAGUGAUGGACUCGACCGGUGGUGACAGCUCUGGUCCGGCGGCGGACGUGCGCUCGCGUUUGUGUCCCUACUUAGACACCAUCAACAGAGGUGUCCUCGACUUCGACUUCGAGAAACUCUGUUCCGUCUCUUUGUCUCAAAUCAAUUGUUACGCGUGUCUCGUCUGCGGGAAGUACUUCCAGGGUCGUGGUAUCGGAACUCACGCUUACAUGCAUUCGGUGUCUGUCGGACAUCACGUGUUUCUCAACUUGGAUUCGUUGCGCUUCUAUUGUCUGCCCGAUAACUACCAGAUAAUGGACUCAUCGCUGGACGACAUCACUUACGUAUUGAACCCCACGUUUACCACUCAAGACAUCGCCGCUCUGGACACCGGCGCCCACCGGCCGUCCAUCGCGUUCGACGGGACGGCA